AUGGACGAUGAGGUCGUCGCACUUGGCAUAUUAGAAUGGGACUGUCUGUCCUUCUGUUUCCAUCACAUCCUCAUCACCACUUCAGGACUUUCUGAAUCUCCCAUCUAUCUCCAUCUUCGCAUCCAUUGCCGUGCUGCCAUAAGCCAGACUGGCCGGCCCCGUGCACCUCGUACCGAAUCACCCAUCUGCGACUCCGAAUCAACACCACACAUCCUAGUUCAAGGCGUGUUCCGGUUCUCCAGCAUGGCACGGUUCAACAACCCCUUUGCGCGUCGUCAAAAUGACACGGCGACCCUGCCAACCCACCGUCGGAGGAGUAGCGAAGAUACGAGGAUCAACGACCGGUGGCAUGGGCGUGAUUACACCAUGGCCCAUCGGCCGCCCUUCAUGCUGUGGCUGAAGGUGACUUGGCUCGACAUCCUCACUAUGAUCAUCAUGGGAGUGAUCGCCCUGGUGGUCUUCAGAGCGCAUCCACCGGCCCACCGAACGUUCCCCAUCACCUUUGACAACGGCGAAGUCGUUUACCCCCAGUUCGCAUACCCGCACAUCACGCAAAUCAUACCCAGCCAUGCUGCGACGGCCCUCGGCAUCGGCGUGCCUAUCCUGUCCAUCCUCCUCUGCCAGAUCCACGUGCGCUCCUUCUGGGACAUAAACAACGGCAUCAUGGGCCUGCUCUACUCGGUCCUCGGCUCGACCGUCUUCCAAGUCAUGAUCAAAUGGCUCAUUGGCGGGCUGAGGCCCAACUUCCUCGAGGUCUGCCAGCCCGACAUCACCAAGGCCUCCCAGCCAGGCGGCAACGCGACCGGCCUCGACGGCACGGGCUACGGCGGCAUAAUGUGGACGUCGGACAUUUGCACCAGGGAGAUGGACGGCACGCUCUCCAACGCCCUGGAAUCCUUCCCCUCGGGCCACACCACGGCCAUGUUCUCUGGCAUGGUUUUCCUGUACCUGUACCUGAACGCCAAGCUCAAAGUCUUCUCCAACUACCACCCAUCCAUGUGGAAGCUCAUCCUGACCUACGCCCCCAUCUUGGGCGCCACCCUGGUCGGCGGCUCCCUGACCGUCGACCAAUCCCACAACUGGUACGAUGUACUGGCCGGGGCCACGAUCGGGACUGUCUUCGCCUUUUCGUCCUACAGGAUGGUCUACGCUGCGGUAUGGGACUGGCGUUUCAACCACAUUCCCCUGCACCGCAAGCUUCCUCUUGAUUACGCCCUCGACGCCUCCGACGGUGCGGUCGCCACGCGCAAGGCUGGAUGGGGCAAGAGACGCGGGGCGAAGAACACGGCCGCUAACAAACUGACCGGUCGGACACGGUACAGCACCGGCAGUCGAGACGGUCGUGGUGCUGGGAUUCCCCGUAAACCGGUGACUUCGCACCACGCUAGAGGCGACCGACGUCCCUCUGCCGACGACAUGGUGUGAUCCAAUCUCCGUCUUACAGUUUAGUGGUCAUUUCUUUUUUCUUCCUUGGCCUUUGGAGUUGUCAAGCACUUUGUUUAAAGCACGAGAUGCCCUUCCUAGGAUACCCUGCACAUGAUACAUGAGAGCGAGCGACGUCUUCAACUACAUACUUAGCUGCUGUUUAUAUAAUAAUCAAU